AUGAAACUCUUGUCUGGACUCGGCCUCGCCAUCCUCGCCACAGGCAGCCCUCUGUCGACCAGACAGGCCUGUUCAGGAAAUACUGCCAGCGACAGAUCAACCUGGUGCGACUACAGCAUCAGCACCAACUACUACGACGUCGUGCCCGACACGGGCGUCACGCGAGAAUACUACUUCACCCUGCAAGAGGUGACCAUUGCCCCCGAUGGCUUCGAGCGAAUCGCCUACACGGUGAACGGGACCAUUCCAGGCCCGACCAUCGAGGCCGACUGGGGCGACACGGUCGUCGUGCAUGUCACGAACAAUCUCACCGCGGCUGGGAACGGCACCAGCAUCCAUUUCCACGGCAUCCGCCAGAACUAUACUAACCAGAUGGACGGCGUGACGUCUAUCACGCAGUGUCCCACCGCCCCGGGCGAGACCAUCACCUACACGUGGCGAGCGACGCAGUACGGCUCGUCGUGGUAUCACUCGCACAUCGGCCUGCAGGCCUGGGAGGGCGUCAUGGGAGGGAUCAUCAUCAACGGGCCCGCGACGGCCAACUACGACGAGGACAAGGGCGUCCUGUUCCUCACCGACUGGAGCCAUGCCACGGUCGACGAGCUGUACGACUCGGUCCUGGCCAACGGCCCGGCCACCCUGGACAAUGGCCUCAUCAAUGGCACCAAUGUCUACGGCGAGGACAAUUCCACCGCCCAGACGGGACAUCGCUUCAACACCUCCUUCACGGCGGGCACCUCGUAUCGCUUCAGACUGGUCAAUGGCGCUAUUGACACGCAUUUCAAGUUCUCCAUUGACAAUCACACUCUCACGGUCAUUGCCAAUGACUUUGUUCCAAUUGAGCCGUAUAAUACGACCGUUCUUAACAUUGCGAUGGGUAAGCAGCUUUAUUACCGUCAAUCAGUUCUCUUGCUAACGACGCCAGGUCAACGCUACGACAUCAUCGUCACGGCAGACAAGGAAUCUGUGGCGGAGAAUUUCUGGAUGCGCGCCAUCCCCCAGGCUGCCUGUUCGGAGAACGACAGCACGGACAACAUCAAGGGCAUCGUGUACUACGGCGACUCGCCCUCGACGCCGACAACGACCGGAUACGCGUACACGGACAGCUGCGACGACGAGGACCUGAGCAAUCUGGUGCCGUACCUGGCGCUGGACGCGGGGGACUACUACUGGAACGAGAGCGAGCCGGUGACGAUCCAGCAGGCGGCGGCGAACGUGUUCCUGUGGUACAUGAACGACACGUCGAUGUCGGUGGACUGGGCCAACCCGACGCUGCUGCAGAUCUACAACAACGCGACGUCCUUCUCCAACACGAGCGGCGUGAUCCAGCUGCCGACGGCGGGCGAGUGGGCGUACGUGGUGAUCACGACGACCAUCGCGGUGCCGCACCCGGUGCAUCUGCACGGCCACGAUUUCUACAUCCUGGCCCAGGGCACGGGCACCUACGACCCGGCGACGGAUCUGGUCAGCCUAACGAAUCCGCCGCGACGAGACACUGCCGUGCUCCCUGCAUCGGGUUACUUGGUGGUCGCCUUCAAGACGGACAACCCUGGGGCGUGGCUGAUGCAUUGCCAUAUCGGAUGGCAUACGGAGAUGGGGCUGGCCAUCCAGUUCAUCGAGCAGUACGAUGUGGCGCGAAGUCUGAUCGACUAUGACUUUCUGCAGGAAAACUGCGCGGCGUGGGAGUCGUAUGCGAAGGUGGAGGGCACGGUGCAAAACGAGUAUGAUGAUGGUAUCUAG